AUGGUUGAAUUCCAGGGAGAAAUAGACCCCAUAAGUAAAAGUGAAGAUGAAGCAGAAGAUAUCAACUACGAUGAGCUCAAGAAGCGCAUGUGGAAGGAUCGGAUGCACUUGCAAAAGCUCAAGGAUAAGCUUAAUGGAGAGCCAGAGUCAUUGGCAAAACAAGAAGAUGCAUCUCAUCGGAAAAAGAUGUCAAGGGCAUAAGAUGCUAUCCUCAAGUACAUGGUGAAGAUCAUGGAAGUUUGUAAAGCACAAGGUUUCGUCUAUGGUAUAGUCACAGAGAAAGGAAAGCCUGUCACUGGCUCAUCUGAUAGUUUACGCCAUUGGUGGAAAGAAAAAGUUAGAUUUGAUCAAGAUGCUCCUCUUGCCAUUGCUGAUUUCUUGCCAGUUUUGGACCAAGAAAGUCAUGAAUUAGACCCAAGUUCUUAUAUGCAUAUGCUUCAUGACUUGCAAGAUAUUACUUUGGGGUCUCUUCUAUCUGCUCUAAUGCAACAUUGUAUCCCUCCCCAAAGAAAGUUUCCACUAGAGAGGGGUCUACUACCUCCUUGGUGGCCCACAGGGGAAGAGCUUUGGUGGGGUUAAGAAGGAAUCUCUCAGGAACAUGGUCCACCUCCUUAUAGGCCCCAUGACCUUAAAAAGGCUUGGAAAGUUAAUGUUUUGGUUGCAGUGAUCAAGCACAUGUCUCAUAAUUUGGAUAGAAUGAGAAGGCUUGUUAAACAGUCUAAGAGUUUGCAAGAUAAGAUGACAUCUAAAGAGACUUCAACUUGGUCUAAGGUGGGGAACCAAGAAGAAGCCCUUCUACAACAUACUGAGAAAUGCCUCAAGAUUGAAGAUGAUCAAAAUGUAAAUGUGAAGGAAGGAGGAUCUAGUACUAGUAGUACUGUAUGUAGCAGUGAGAAAAGGAAGUGUGUGUUUGAUGAACAGGCCUCCAUGGACACAUUGUAUGCUUGCCAAAAUCAGUGUCCACAGAGUGACAUAAGUUUGGGCUUUGUGGACAAGAACUUGAGGAUGGACCAUGAAUAUCAAUGUGUUUAUGCCACAAAGGAAGUCAAUUAUGACCAAGGAAACAUCCUCUCCUAUGAUCCUCUUCCUCUCUCCUUUGAAACACAUUGGCCAAUUUUACCUGACUGGAUGACUAUGGAGCUAGUAAAGGCUAAUCAGAACAAUGAUGCAAGUAUAGAGGGAGUUGGUGAUCAGGCCUUAGGAAGUUCAAUGGUAGAUUAUGCAAGCAACUGGGGAGCGGGAUUGAAGAUGUGGCUCUAA